AGCUUUUUUUUGGCCGCAAGCGCGUGCCCGAGUCAAACUCAGCAAAAUGCUUAUAAUUAGGUACAGCAUCUGCAUCGAUCAGCCGCGCGCCCCACUGAAUGCUUCAUGGAAAACAUCAACUACAAAAUUAUGACUGUAAUUUGAAUGGUUCGUAUCUGGGUUUAAAAAAAGAAUAACAUGCAUGACUUCAGUAAAUUGGGGGAAAUGGGGUGAAAACAAACGCCACGUUCUGCUGCGCGACUACAUCUCCCAGCAUGCACUGCCUUUCUGUGACGCGUUUAAACAGCGCCGCGGUGAAUUCGGUCCGCAUGAGAACUAAACACCUACAUUAAAAAAAUCCACUGUCCGUUCUGAACGACGGACGUUUGGUCUUCGGACGGUCCGUUCUCCGUUUCCCGGGGAGGGUUUCUCUUCUGAGAAAGCGGAGCUGUGUUAUUUUUUGACCCGGAGAAACCCCGACAAAGUGCGAGGGACUCUGUCGUGCUCACAGAGACGCCAGUGGCUGAAACAAGCGAAGACGUAAGCAAAAAAUAUUCUUAAAAGAAGAACGUGCAAGACCGACGGCAUGAACACUCGGGGAGGUGACGGAUGUCCUCGGAAAAAGGCCGAUGCUGCGCAGGACCGUGAUGCCGGUGAUAAACCGCCCACGCCUGUUAUUGCUGCUUUCAAAGUUUUCCAGCAGGAGCUUGACACCAAACAUGACAAAUAUGAGCGCCUGGUCAAGAUCUCUCGAGACGUUACCAUUGAGAGCAAGAGGACCAUUUUUCUUCUGCACAGAGUGACCAGUGUACCAAAUGCAGAGGAAAUUCUGAAUGAAGCGGAGGUAAAACUGGAUGGAGUCAGGCAGAAAAUUGGCCAAAUUGCUGAAGAGUUGAGGGGAGAAGACAUCUAUCAGUUUCACAGAGCCUUCACUCCAGGGAUCCAGGAGUAUGUGGAGGCCGUCUCUUUCCUGCACUACAUCCGCCAUCGCAGCCUCAUCAGCCUGGAGGAGAUCAAUGCCAGUCUGGUAUUCAUGAGAACAGAAGAGGAUGCAGCUGAAACGCUGCUGCCAGGAACUCAUGUCCUGACCUUCCAGGUGACGCCCUCGGACUACCUGCUCGGCGUGGCCGACCUGACAGGAGAGCUGAUGCGUAUGUGCAUCAGCAGCGUAGGCAACGGCGACAUUGACACGCCCUUCCAGCUGAGCCAGUUCCUGCGGCAGAUCCACGACGGUUUCUCCUACAUCGGGAACACAGGCCCGUACGAGGUGUCGAAGAAGCUGCACACGCUGCGACAGAGCUUGGCCAAAGUGGAGGAUGCUUGCUACGCACUGCGUGUCCGUGGCUCCGAGAUCCCCAAACACAUGUUGGCUGACGUCUUCUCCAGUAGGACCACGCUCAUCGACCCCGAGGAAGGAGUGGUUUAAUCCUCCAUGGCCUCCUCGUCUCCUUUAGCUUUGCUCCAGUUCCAUUCUUUGUAUGUUUUUUAAUGGGAUUUGACAGAUAUUUAGUGUUAUGUUUUGUGACAUGUCUGUUCAUUUUGAUUGUCAUUACAAUAAAAAAACAGGAUUACAAUAUACAAUUUUAUUUUCAUUGAUAAAGAUCGGAUUUCUUCAGUUGUUUUGCGUGAAUAAAAGCUCUUUGCCAUGAA